UCCACAUUUCACUUCUGUUUUAGCCCCGCAACAGCACCACCGCUUACCAGAUCCGCAGGGCGAAGCCGAAGUCGCGAAAACCUUGUGUGGCGAGAAAGAACAGAACACCGGCCAUCCACAAAUAAAAACACAGCACAGCCAUGGUAACCGCGGCGAAAACGACCAAGGAGUUGAGCGAGGAGGAAAUCGAAGACUACAAGGAGGCCUUCAGCAACUUCGAUAAGGACGGCAACGGGAACAUCGACGAGUUGGAGCUCGGCGUGGUCAUGCGCUCGCUGGGGUACUCUCCGACCAACCAGCAGCUCAAGGAGAUGAUGGCCAAGGUGGACACGGACCAAAGCGGCGGAAUCUCGUUCGACGAGUUUGUGGCGAUGAUGCAGCUGGGAGAGGUGGAGACCGACUUCACGAAGGAGAUCAACGAGGCCUUCAAGUUCUUCGACAAGGAUGGGGAUGGAGAGGUCACCCCCGCGGAGCUAGCCGAGAUCAUGCGAGGCCUUGGCGACAAGCUAUCGGACGAUGAGAUCGAGCUCCUUGUCAAGGUGGCCGACAAGGAUGGAGAUGGAGUCAUCAGCAUUGACGAGUUCAUCUCGUUCAUGUACAGCUAAGCUGGGCAAGGAAGGGGUGUUGCUGUGUUCAUUUUGUGGGCACGAUUGUUGAGCGUAGCGCACUUUCAUUCCGAGAUGAUGUAAGCUGUGUGCGCAACCAGUAGUUGAUGAUGACACACAGCAGUGACGAUGAUGAUUACGAUUGAUUGCACGUCUCUUGAACCAGAAUUAUUAUCAAUCCCGUCUGGGGUGAUGGCGCACCCACAACAAUGAUUUGUUGGUCGUUGUAUUCUGUUUUGCUCUGCGUCCGGCUGCAUUAGCGCCCGUCCUGGUUUGCCUUUAGGUAGCGACACCGCUGUUUGUAGGGUCCGUAUGUGGUCGAUGGACUAUUUCUUGCCUUCGUGCAUAUCAAGGCGUUGAUUUUGUUGCUAUGGCUGGCUCUGUUGGCUGGCUCCACUCGCACGAUGUAAACAAGUUUGGUCGAGAAGCAUGGUAUGGCUGCACCCCUUUUUGAUGCGUAUGCCUCUCUCGGGAAGAGGUCUUGGCCAGUCGCGGUAGUGUACGUGAAGAGCGAAGCACGAUAAUGGACCGUGUCUGCCGUCGUGCCAGAACGAGCGGCGUUUGCUCGCGCCGCGAGGGCAUGGUUGCGCCUUGCCUAGAUAGUUCCGCAGGCCUUGUGAAAUGGCCAUGAAAUGGCCAGUCGGGUCUGCCUCUUGCUCUUGCUCGCGAGCAAGGAAGGAGUGUGGUAGCCCCCUGGUUUUACUCUUUUUGUGUAUCUCGCUGCAGUCAUUGGCAACGAGCGUGUCCCUGAGUGCUUUGUCCAGAGUCCUGAGAGAGAGAAAAUCGCCAGACAGUGCGGGGGGGGCAAACACCGGUCAAGGCCAUGUUUAAUUUGUCUUUUAUGUGAAUUGUGAUUUCUUGUUUGUUUUUGACCGCACCGAGUAUUGACAGCGCUGAAAUGAAAGGGUGUCAAUGUCAUGGUAAGGAAUCGCUGCUGUUGGCAGUAGUCACCUUUUCGACAACGAACCCCCAGAAGUCGAUAUUGUCUGGAAGACUUCAUAGCGUUGAUAUUUGUUCUGUGAAGCCUUGCAUACACCUCACUCUAGUACUCUGUCUACCUCUGGAAAACGUUCCCGAACCUCAAGCCGUACAAUGUGUAGUCUAGAACACACACGACACGUAGCGAUAGGUGCCCUUUGGAGGCGCACAUUUGGUGAUGGUGAUGGGAGGUUGCUGUCUUUUCAGGGUGCUUCGCCUCCUUCCUGACGUGGCGAAAGUUAUUUGCUGGCAGCGGUCGUGCUGUGCUGCUUUCUCUGUAGAAGCACCACAUAGAGGCACCACAAGUUUUACCUCGGUCAAGCGUUGUUGUGCUCGUCAUCAUCAGUCAGCCAAACCACUGCUGUCUGUCGAAUUGUCGCCGUUGGUCUUGUUCCCUCUCCUGCAAUCAGUGUAUCCGACUGCUGUCGUAGACUCGAUGUC